AUGCCCCCCAAAGCCGCUCCCCGACGGGGUGCAUCGUCGGCGCCCACACGAAACAACAAUGGCACUGCCUCUGGAGCCAGUGCGACCCCUACUACGUCCGCAAGCCCCGCGCCGGGCAAUACAACACGAGCACCGGUGCAACGAUUACAAUCACUUAAGAAACGGGCACCCUCCGGGAGCAUUGGACCUGGGCCCGGUCCCACCAGCGCAGGAUCUGGAACCGGAGAGCCUUCGAAACCGACACUGAAAUAUAAACCGCGCGCGGUGGGUCGACGCAGCAAGGAAGAACGAGAGGCUAUAGAGAAACUUGAGGCCGAGCGGAAUGCGGAGCGGUUGGCGGAGGCCGCGGCUAUUGCGCGUGGAAAGGCAAAUCUUGCAGCGCGGGGACGGGCAGGAUUCGCUGGCCGUGGGCGGGGCGGCCCGAUGGGACUUGCUGGUGCGGCUGGACCAUUGGGCUCUGGAUUUGCUGGACGAAGGGGUCGCGGUGGUUCGAGAUUCGGUGGUGGUGAUCCUAGGGCUACGUCGAUGUCGCGGAGGAGCAAAUCAAUGACUGCAGGGCCAGGUGGUGGCUAUUCUUCGGAUGAAAGCGACGGGGAUAUUCGGGUCAGCAUUGACAGGAUCAAUUUGGAAAGCGAUGCGGAUGACGACGAUGAGGAUGCGAUGAUCGAGAAGAAGAAAAAGCGCAAGGGGAAGAUGGUUUUGGGAAGUGCGAGGGAGUCAGGUCUUCGCCCGAUUCGCGUUGAGAGACAUGAGCAUGAAGAGCGGGUGGUCAGCGUGAACAUGGAGUCCAGUACAGCCAAGUCUGCUGAACUUCGACAGCAGGCGAAGGAGAAAGCUAAAGAUGAUGCACUGUUUGUGCAGGAUGACGACGAAACGCCUACAGAAGGCGAACCCCAGGUGAAACAGGAGCCUACGGAGAAUGACCAGGCAAUGACAGAUGUCCCACAUGCAGAGGAGCCUGUUACGACAGACGACGGGCUAUUACCUGCACCGAAGGUAAAGGUGCGACGGAAGCUUGGCUCGAGGGAGCCAUCCGUGCCUGUAGCGCCUGCAGUGCAGGACCCAAAGAGUUUGCUACGGACCAAGGAAGAUAUCGAAGAAUACGAUCGACAUGCAGAAGAUCUUGAACUAAUCAAGGAUCUUUUCACCAAAGAGCCUCCUACAAAAGCAACUGAAGCCGCAGAAGGUGCCGAGGCCCCAGAAGGCGCCGAGGCUACGACGGACGACCAGGAUAAGGAAAAGAAAGAAGGUGAAGACGGCGAGGAAGAGCUCCAGGACGAUAAGCUCACAGGCCAGCUCUUCCUGAUGCAGUUCCCUCCCAUCACACCAAACCUCAUUGAACCGAGUGCGGACGGAGCAAACCUUGACAGCGAAGCGACGCCGAUCCCCAAUCCCGCUGCGCCUCAAAGCGCGGGGCAGAACGGGGCAUCGGAAACUCCUGCUCUGAAGCGCGAAGAUGAUGUCGAAGUCCUCGACGGCCAAGAUGAGGACACCGCCACAAACACGCAAUCCAAGGUUGUCACAGCAGCAGACUGGCAGCUCAAGGCGGGGCAGGCCGGCAAGCUCAACGUGCACGCAUCGGGCCGGGUGACAAUGGACUGGGGAGGGAUCAGCUUCGAACUGGACCGCGCAACGGCUGUUGACUUUCUACAAGAAGCGCUGAUAGUGUCGACGCCGCCGAAUGUGACGGAGGAGAUGCCCGACGACGAGCACAAGGUGUGGGCUAUGGGACAGCUAAGCGGCAAGUUCACCGUGACUCCAGACUGGGAGAAGAUACUAUGA